ACUAAUGAGAAGAAGCUACACAUUGGUUUGUUUAUAAUUUUUGUGUUGUUUCAAACAUAUUUUGGCUCUAGAUUUUGAGAAAAAGUAUUAUAACUUCUGAAGUUGAUUGUCAAUACCGUUUUCAAUAUGGGAAAGCAAAUAGAAACGAAGUACUCAAAUGCUAGUCACAAUGUAUUGAAGAAAUCUUCGACAAAAGAAAAAAAUAGAAGACCAAAAAAACUUAAUAUUAGUGACUCUGAAAAAGGCCCCAGUUCACCCAAUUGCAAAAGAAAGAAUUGGGGAAUGAGUGAUAUCAAAGAACCACCAUCAAAGAUACCCAAAUUAUCAGCAGAAUAUAUUGGGAAUGAUGAGAAUCCUCCUUUGGAUCAUGUUAAAACUCAUAUUAGUUGGAAUACCCCAGAUGACAAUGAAAUUGCCCAGAAUAAAGUUACUAUUGAAUAUUCUAAAAAUUUAGAUAAAGCUUAUUUGAAAGAAGAAGAUCCUCAUCGUGAUUUAUUUUUUGUUGACGAACUUAGAAAUGGUUACUUUAACUUCAUUACAAAGGAUUUUUACUUUCACGUGAUUGAUGAAAUAUGUUUAGAGGGUUUGGAUGGAAUCACCUUGGAAGCAUUAUGGAAAAGAUUAUUAACUGGAUUGGAUGGACCACUAGAUAUAAAUCAAAAUUUGAAGAGGUUUAUGUGGAAAAUAAUGAAGAAAAAUGCACAUAUUGAGUUUUAUGAACUACCUCAACCAAGAAAAGAACUCUUGAUUUAUGAUCGUUUCAAAUAUCUCAAUACUGAAAUUGGAGUUGUUAUGGAAUUGGCUUACGAACUUCCAGAGUUGUAUCCUCUUAAAAUAAUCAAUGAUCCAAACGUUUCAGGAUCUUGUUCUACAUUUGAGGAAAGGAAUGAUAUUUCUGAUGUAAUUAGGAGUAUGAGUUAUGAAGAAGUUGAAACAUUUGGACAAAAAUUGGUGAUAGUUGCCAGUCAGUACUUGAGGACUCAAGCACUCCUUGGUGAAUUGUCAGAUCCAUGCAUUGAAAUGCAAAGUGUGGAGUACUGCAUCUUAGAGAGAAUUGGUAGGUCUCGAAGAUUAGGUGAAUUGACUCAAGGAAACAUGUCAAUAUCAUCUUUUUUCAAAAUGGAUCCUAAAUCUGUAUUCCACUACAAGAAAGUAAUUUAUAGCAAUAAUCUUAUAUCCAAACAAUUCUUUUAUAUAAAGUCAGUCGUUACUGAUCAAAAUAAAAUAGGAAGGUUGCUGCAGUUGAGAAGAUUCCACACACCUAUAAAAUUGAAACCCCUUGUGGUAACAGAAAAAGUAGUUGACAUGUUGAGAAAACAGCCGGGGUAUAGGAUGGACGUUAACGAACUUAGGGAAAUAUUUGGUUCAAAUUAUACAGCGAUGUUGAAAAUAUUCAAAUCAUCAGAGUUCCGAAAAUUUGUGAAAACAGAUGCUGUAUAUAACUACAGGUUUAUAUACCCGGAUGCGAAAAAAUCGGAAUAUAUGAACAAAUCGAGACUAGGUGAAAAAAUUGUGAGAUGUUUUGAAUUGAAAAAUCCUUACAUGAAUGUAACUGCAUCUUGGAGCAAAGAACUUGAAGACUCCGAUGAAGAUGAUGAAGAUGAAGACAUAGACUCGCCAUCGGAUGGAAAAAUUUUCAAUGAAGAGAUUUUAAAAGAUGCUUAUUAUCAUAUUUCUAUGCUUGGCAAAGAAGGCUGUUCAAUGAAAAAAUUGAAGAAACUAAUAUCAGUGGAUUCAAAUUCCUGUCGUAGAACUCUGAAAAAGUUACAUCAGAAAAGAAUUCUUGAUGUUAAAAAAUGUGAUGCAGGCAAGCAAAGGACCUCUCUAUAUUAUGCGAGUUGUGCCCAAAGAGAAGGAAAUUUUCCAUCUCCAGGAACUGCGAAAAAAGUCAUAUCAAAAGUUAGAAUCAAACAAAAGAUUGCUUUAUUGAAAUCUAAUCAGAGAUUUUAUGUUGAGAGAGAUCCCAUUAAGGAACAAAAGCAGGUUCUUAUAAAUACCAUUCCAAUGUUUUUGCAAACGGACAGUUCUCAAAUUCACUACAACUUUUUAGUCCAAAAAUGUUCAGCUGGGUUGAAUCUUCCUAUUUCUGAAGAAAAAAAUGUAGACUUCAAUUUCACUUUCACUAGAAAUAUAGUGAACCUAAAAUACAGAGAGUUUGUCUGUAACAAGUUUCUCAGUUUCAAAGACAUUUUGGAACUGAACAUACCUGUACUCAAGCGAAUUGUCAAAGUAAAUUUUGAAAAUGCCUGUACUUCAAAAAUGGACACAGACUGGGUAACAAAGUUGGUUUUAUUAAAAGCUACCUUCGGUGAAAUUUAUAUAAAUAGUGAUUCUCUAUGUUUAGUAAGUCGAAAACGAAAAUAUUUACAAAUUGAGAUACCUAAAUUUUCUGAUGAAGUGGCACUAGACACCCAAUUGAAACCUAGCGAUCAGAAACUAGCAUACAUGGGGGACAAUCCUGUUAUCGUUUAUGAAGAGAAAGAUGGCGAAGUAGAUGUACAAAUUGUCUCAUCCAGUAUUCCAACAGAAUACAACUUGAAAAAGAAAUAUGCAAAGAAGAAGUCAGAAACAGACAGAGUAGCGAUUCGUAUUCAAAUUAUAUUGAAUCAAAUAAAUGAGAAAAAAGUCAUAGAGGAUAUUUUCCGUUUGACAAAAAUAAUUAUUGAUGAAGAAAUGAAAGAUGGUUACCAAAAAAAGAUAGACAGGAAAUCGUUGGCAAGGAUUUUGAAAAUACUUAUGCUAGAAGGAUACAUAAAAAUAUAUAAAGUUACUAUAAGUAAUAAUAUUUUAACAAGAACAAUUGUUUUCAUAUGUCAUCCUUCAAUCAGUCAUACAGAUGAUUUAAUACAAACAUCGGUUCAGCAGUUGAAAUGGAGACAUUUUAUUGGAUCUGCUAAGAAAAAUUCGAGAACUAACAUAAGAGUCGUUCAAAAGAAGGUGGAGGAGACAAUGAAAAGUAAAGUUCAUCAGUCACCUUUCAGCGAAACGGAUGUAAUGAACAGUAUCAAUGAGUUGAAAAAAGUUGAAAAACACAAAUUUAAAGAACCGAUCAGAAAAGUUUCAAGGCGGAUAACAGGAUUAUAUGGAUUCAAGCCAAAAUUUGUAAGGAUGAAAAUAAUGCACGAGUUUAUGUUCUAUUUAAUAUAUGAGUAUAAAACUGCUGUUGAACCACUGAAUACCAAAGAAGUGAAAGAUCUAUUCAAAAGUUAUCACAUUGAACUCUCAGAAGAAGAUUUGGAACAACUGCCAAAAAUAUACUCUAAGGAAAUAAGUUGGAAAAUGUUCAUACCUACGUUACCCCUUCAUGAAGGAUGGGAUGAUGGAUGGGCAUUCAUGUGCGACAUUAUCUUGAGGAUUCCCGUUUCGGUUCUUUGUAAAGUGCAUGCUUGUUUUCAUGAAUCGGCUGAUCUAUUACAAAUUCUCCACCAUCCGAUCAAAAGAUUCUAUCUAGUGAAAGAUCUGCCACAAAAGGUCCGGAAUGUAUUACUUAACAAAAGAAAAUAUCUGUACAGUGUUCAUGAAUGUAUAUUGAAGCUCAGUCAAUGUGGUCUACUUCAGUUUGGACCAAGAAAACAUACAGAAAAGGAUCAACUUUUCAUUCAUUUGAAUCGGCGAGCAUCCAUUUUGAAUACAACUAGUAGUGAACCAGCAUACCAUAAAAUUGAGAAUAAGGAUUAUCCCCAGAUUGCUUUCUUUUUUAACUCUCAAACUGAUGUGAACGAUUACUGGUAUAAUUUGAAUACCAUAUGUGUCAAUACCAAAUUGAAUGCAAGGAAAGUUGGAGAGCUUGUUACGGUGAUUGACUCUUCUAUCAAACCAGAAUUGGCGAAAUGUGCCAUUUCUAAAACACCCGAGGAAGCCAAAAGGGAUGACAAUGGAGAUAUUCCUGGAGAUAAACGUGGAGCUGCUGGUUUAGAUUCUUCCUUAUAUUCGCAUUUGGUUCGAAACUGGUUUUGGGCAAGCCGUAAAAAAGGAGAUGUUAAUCCUGAAGGAUUGAAGGAGGAGCGAUUGAAAAAAAUUUUACCUGAAAUAAAGCCUUUCAAGAAUUUAGGUUCGUCAAGUAAGAGCAGGAAGGUGUUUCUCCAUAAAACAGUAAAUGUGAACAGUAAUCCAAAGAUAGGAAAGAAAUUGAUACAAAUACCAGUAAGAUCAUCAUCUAAAAAAUAUACUAGAAAAAUUACAGAACAUCCUAAGAAACUAAAAAAAUGUGAAUAUUACGAUAAGCUGGACCGAACAAUUUUGAAAAGAAUCGGGCGUAACCGAAGAGUGCAAUGGUCUCCUAAAGAAGAUACACUUUUGAUGUUGUGCAGAGCUGGUGAUUUAUUUUUGUAUGGUGAGAGAUACAAAAAAAAAGUGGUUUCUUACCAAGUUAUCAGAGAUGUCCUCCAUAGUGCCUCCCGUGAAAGCCAUAACAAAACAUCCAGAUCUAUUCAACGGCGAUUAAAAAAACACACAACAUACCCUUUUAAUCAAAUAGAAAAGAAUCUUCAUAAUCUCCACCAACUACAACCGAUAUCUGACUAUUUUUCACUGUUAGCAAAUUAUAUAUCUUCAGAAACUGAUGAAACAGGUGCACCUUUCAAAUUGACAGAUGCACAAAUUCACACAGCCUACGUCAUCCUAAUGUCAGUUAUAUUGAAACAUAAGAAGGAAGUAUUUGAUGUUUUACAGGGUAAUACUAUCAAAGUAGAUUAUUUAUCAAAACAAAACUUGGACUAUACCGAAAAGGAAUCUGUUGAAAUCGAUAAGACAUCUCUCAAAUUUGAGGAUCCCAAAAAUGAAGAUGACAUUAAGAAAAAUGUUUUGAAGUCGGUAAUACAUAGUUCAUUGACUUCCAAAGAUAAGACAAGUGCUGGGUUGCAGUUACUUAAGGUUUAUCAAAAAUAUCCUGAUCAACUUAUUCGAGAAUCUGUAGAGGAAUUGAAACAAACUAAUACCAUUUCUUGCAAAAAGUAUAACGUGAAGAAGACCAAUAUUUGGCAGGCGCCAUUUCAUCUUUCUCAGUGUUAUAUCUUCUAUCAAUACACCACGUUCAACAUUACUUCUGCCGUAGAGGCAUAUAAAACCUAUUUAGCCCUGAGACAUGAGUCACAAAAUGAAAUGUCUUUGAGUUUUUCAGAAGUAACUGUAAAUACCAAGAGAUACGGCCAAUUGUUGGGGAUGAAUGAAUUCAGAAGUUUUUGGAAUAAAUUACGCUAUGAAUUUGAUUUACCUCAAAGUGUGAUUAUUUUAAAUCCUUGCCUCAGCGACCACGAAGAAGUCAUCCACGAGUUGGCAGUAAGAUUUCAAGUGAAACUGAAGAAACUUCAAAAAGAGAACAAGGAAAGUGAUCAAGAUAUGGAAUCUGAAUCUUUGAGAACAAAAUUCAGUAAUGAUUCAAACCUAAUUACCAAUAAAGAAGGCAAACUUUCACCUGCAGAAAAAAUAAUGCACAACAGUGAUAUACAAAACACCCAUCAGGAUUUGGCAGAUGAUAAUGAAAAUACUGACGAAAUUGAUAGACUGAAAACGUGGGUAGCUAAUUGUAUGAAAGCUGAAAUGGAACGAAGCCCUAGUCCAGAAUUCAUGGAGUGGGAUGAAACACUUCACAGUAAUGUUGCCACUGAAGAACCAGUUGUUACAGUUGAUCAUACUCUAGUUUCAUCUGAACAAGACUUUGAAAAUAACGAUGCCAGUAAAGAAUCGAGUAUGAUUGAAAAGAAAGUGCUGGAUAGAGUCCCAACUCUAGAAGAGAUUAAAGAAGAAAUGUUGAGAUUGGGAUCCAGUGAAGACAGAAGAAUUCCGUACAUUACUGAUCUUAGUGAUUUGCUUAACAAAGAAAAUUUUGGUGAUAUACCUACAGAUGAAAAAACAUUGAAGCGUCUGAAAAAUCAUUUUAUUACUCAGUAUGCUUCUUUGCAGAAAGUAAUCGUAGAAGAUUUAGAAUAUGUUCCAGAAAAUAUAUUGAACAUUAUAGAAGAUAAACUAAAAAUCGAGAGAAUUUGGAAUAAAGUGGAGAACUCUAUCGUGGUUCAUGAAGUGCUUUCCUUUGAAGAAGUUGUCGAGAUGUUGGAAAAACUUGGUGGAACCCAAGAAGAUAUAGAUUUAAUGCAAGAAAUUAUGGAAUUUGUGUCAGUAAAAAAGAUUUUUGGUGCAAGUGGGCAGCAAAUAAAGGAAAGAUUUUCCACCCAUCGAACAAAUAUGUCUUUGGCAAAGAUCAUUGAGGUUCUUGUGGAAGCGGGAAUCCUUCUUCAAACUGGUAUUUGUACGAUAGUGUUUGUACAUUAUAAAUACCGGUCUUACUGGUUAGCUGAAACUUAUCAGAUAACCACAGAGGAUCAAAAUGCUAUUAUGGAAAUAGAAGAGAAGGAAAUUGAAAAUCAAGAAGUAUUUCAAAAUAAGUUGAGGUAGAUUUUUAUUUUAACUCAUAUGUGUCAAAGUUAACUUUUAGUGGUUGAAGGUAAUUUUUUGAGAGGAGUUUCUUGUGAUUAAUAACUUGUCACUUACCUACCUUAUGGGGUUUCAGCUUGAAAGUGGAAUAU